CGUCGUACAUGCGUGGUUUGUCUGAUUUAAACGUAGCAUCAAAACCGGAAGCACCGACAGCUAACGUCACUGUCAACUUCGCACCGGUUUAACGAUAUCUGUCAAAUCUUUUCCUCUGUGUCUUCGUUUACAUGCAAUUAGCCGUGAUUUAAUUCUAAUUAUAACACGGUUGAAGGGGUCGUCAAAGUCACCCUUCCACGAAAUCCAUCACACAAUGGGCACAUUUCUUGGUAGCCAGCGAAAUAAGUGAUGGGGCCAGACAGCGCCCCAGGUCCAGCUGUGCCCUGGCAGAAGAUCCUGUGGGAGCGCCAGCCAUUCCCUGAUAACUAUGUGGACCAGCGGUUUCUGGAGGAGCUACGGAGAAAUGAGGGCAUCCGGCAGUACCGCUACUGGGCCAUGGUGAAAGAAGCAGGCUUGGUGGGGCAGCAGCUGUCCUGUGUGGCCAUUUUCAUUACCCUAUGGCUCUACAUGGAGCAGAGUCUGCUGUCCCCUGAGACUCUGCUAUGGACCAGCUUGCUCUGUGCCCUGCUGGGUUACGGACUGUACCAAGCCUUGAGCUCACCCGCAGAACCAGGCUGUGAGCCCCGGACGCGUCUUGCAGACCUGCAGAGUGCCACCAUCUUCCUUUCCUUCACGUUCGGCUUCUCGCCAGUUCUGAAGACGCUAACAGAAUCUGUGAGCACGGACACCGUGUAUGCCAUGUCGGCUCUAAUGCUGCUGGCCCACCUUGUGUCAUUCCCUUAUGCCCAGCCCUUCCCUCCAGGCAGCCUGUCCCUCAACGCGGCCCUGUUCGCCUCUGUGUGUUUAGCCUCCAGGUUGCCAGGCGCUCUGCACACCUUUGCCAUGCUCAGCUGUGCCCUGCUGGUGUUUGCCCUGUGGCCCUGCCUGCUGCACAGGAUCAAGGAGAAUGCCUCAAGCCAAUUUGCUGGGGUGUGUGUAGGGGUAUGUAUUGGAGGAGUGGUGGGUCUAGGGUCCCAGUGGCUGGGAGGAGCGGUACUUUUGGCCCUGGCCCUUGGGAGUGUUACCCUGCUUUGUCCCCUAUUGCUGAUCAGGCUGCAAAGACACAAGGACAACAUCCAUGGACCCUGGGAUGAGGCUGAGAUCCAGGAGGACCUCGGCCGCUUCCUCCACCACCAGACAGGAUGAAAUAUCAGGACGAACACAAAUUGAAGUAAAAGUAUUCCGUAUGGUUCAGUUGACUGUGUCGGCCUCUAGUAUUAUGUUGGUGCUGUAGAUCCAAAGAGACAAAUGCCAACUAUACUCUUGGCCCACAUCCCAGCUGGACAGCCAUGAUCCUUGUCAUUCUCAUCCAGAGAAUAUUAAGAUUUUUCCGAACUUAAAGCUGCUGCUAUGUUUAAAGUUUUAACACUGGGACUUGAAUGGGAAGGUGUCGACUAUUGUGCAAUGCUGUCUAACAUUGAAUAUGGUGAUUCUAUAUCAGUGGUUUUAUUAAUCUGCGGGGUUAUUUUGUGGAUAUUUUAUGUAGGAUGUUGUGUGUGGAUGGAUGAUUGAAUGGAUGUUUAACAUCGCUUGAUUCUGACCAAGGGCUCUAAUUCCAUUGCCAAAUAUGUUGAAAUAAAAUAUCACCCGUAGAUUUUAAAAGUUUUAACAAUAAUAAUAAAAAAAAACUGUUUGAUUGG